AUGUCUGAUCCUGUUGCCAUUAUUGGCUCUGGUUUAGCCGGUUUAUCUGCUGCUAAUCAAUUAGUCAGAGAUUAUGAGAUUCCUGUUUUCAUUCUUGAUAAAAACUCUUCAAUGGGUGGUAAUUCUAUAAAAGCUUCUUCUGGUAUCAAUGGUGCUCAUACUGCUACCCAAGAACAAUUAAAAGUUCAAGAUACUCCUGAAUUAUUCUUCAAUGAUACCAAAAAAUCAGCCAAAGAAAGGGGUUCUGAGGCAUUGAUGGAAAAGUUGGCUCAAGACUCGCACUUAGCUAUUGAAUGGUUACAAAAGGAUUUUGAUAUCAAAUUAGAUCUUUUGGCUCAAUUAGGUGGUCAUUCAGUAGCAAGAACACAUAGAUCCUCAGGCAAGUUACCACCUGGAUUUGAAAUUGUAUCUAAAUUAUCUGGUAAUUUAAAGACCCUUGCUGAGGAAAAACCAGAUUUAGUAAAGAUUCAAUUAAGUAGUAAAGUAGUCGAUGUUAAAUUAAAUGACCAAAAUGAGGUGGAAGGUGUUGAAUAUGUGGAUGAAGAAGACAACCAUCAUAUCCUUAAAACCAGAAAUGUAAUCUUUUGCUCUGGUGGAUUUUCCUUCUCCAAAGAAAUGUUAGCUAAGUAUGCACCAGAGACCGUUGGUUUACCUACCACUAAUGGUGCCCAAACAACCGGUGACGGUCAAAGAAUUCUUGAAAAGUUAGGUGCUGAAUUGAUCGAUAUGGACCAAGUUCAAGUGCACCCAACUGGGUUUAUUGAUCCAAAUGACCGCAAUGCUGGUCAUAAAUUUUUAGCUGCUGAAGCUUUAAGAGGAUUAGGUGGUAUUUUAUUAAACCCGGCUACUGGUAAAAGAUUUGUCAAUGAAUUAGCAACGAGAGAUGUCGUAACUGCCUCUAUCCAAACAGAAUGCCCAAGGGAGAAUAACACUGCAUUUUUGGUUCUUGGCGAAGGUAUCUAUGAAGUACUAAAGAAUAACAUAGACUUCUAUAUGUGGAAACAACUUAUCAAAAAGGUUACUAUUGAGGAGGCUGUUGAACAAUAUAAAUUCCCAAUCACAGCUGAUGAAUUAGUCGCUGACAUAAAUAGAUACAUUACUAACGAGAAAGAUGAUUUUGGUCGUUCUUUAGUAGUUAAGAAUUUUGGUGAAAAUAUUUCUAAGGACACUAAUAUAUUUAUUGGUGAAAUAACUCCAGUGGUGCAUUUCACCAUGGGUGGUGCUAGAAUAAAUACAAAGGCUGAAGUUGUUGGUAAAAAUGGAAAUGUUUUAGCUAAGGGUUUAUACGCUGCUGGCGAAGUGUCUGGUGGUGUCCAUGGGGCCAACAGAUUGGGUGGUUCAAGUUUGUUAGAGUGUGUUGUAUUUGGUAGAACUGCUGCCGACAGUAUUGCUCUUGUUAAUAAUGUCUCUAAAAUUGAGAAGUUGUGA